CCGCCGGAUCCGGGGCCGGGUCCGGGGCCCGGGGCCGCGCCUGGGGCCCCGAGGUGCAGGUGCGGGCGCUGCCCGGCCCCCACCGAGGAAUUGCCGAAAUUCUGAUGAACAGGCCCCAUGCCCGGAACUCCUUGGGGAAAGUCUUUGUCAGCGAGUGGUUUGCGGCACUGGACCAGCUGCGUGGAGACAGCGGAGUCCGGGCGGUGGUGGUCAGGAGUGCUGUGAAAGGGGUGUUUUGUGCAGGCGCCGACCUGAAGGAGCGUGAGCAGAUGAGUGACGCCGAGGUGGGACCGUUCGUGCAGCGACUCCGGACAUUGAUGGACGAGAUUGGCCGAGGACGCCUGGGUCUGCCCCCCAGCCGCGUUCCCCGCCCCCACCGUCGCCGCCGUGGAUGGCUUCGCCCUGGGCGGGGGCCUGGAGCUCGCCUUGGCCUGCGACCUGCGCGUUGCAGCUUCCUCUGCCAUCUUGGGACUCAUCGAGACGACCCGCGGACUCCUUCCCGGGGCAGGCGGGACUCAGCGCCUGCCCCGCUGCGUGGGCACCGGCCUGGCCAAGGAGCUCAUCUUCACCGGGCGACGCGUGGACGGACGGGAGGCCGCGGGCAUGGGGCUGGUGAACCACGCCGUGCAGCAGAACCAGGACGGGGAUGCAGCCUACCGCCGGGCCCUGGCUUUGGCCCUGGAGAUCGUGCCCCAGGCCCCAAUAGCCGUGAGACUGGGCAAAGUGGCCGUGUCCAGAGGGAUGGAGUGGCCGCCUCAGUCUCCCUCUGCUCCCCCAGGUGGAUCUGGCGUCGGGCCUGGCUCUCGAAGGGCUUUGCUACGCUCAGAACAUCCCGACCCGUGACCGGCGGGAAGGCAUGGCAGCCUUCCGGGAGAAGCGGCCUCCCCGCUUCACGGGCCAGUGACGCCCCGGCGGGCACCCGGCCCCCUCCUCCUGGCUGGCCUCCAGUCCUGAACUCCCAACCGGGCCAGCCAUGCUCCUCGACGCCCCCGUGCCCUGCUGGUCCCCCCGCCCUCCCCACAUCCAGCUUCUGUGUUGUUUCUGGCAAGAAGGAGGUUGUCCAGGGUGAACUCUCACUCCAUAAAGUUUCCACCUUGCCACUACUGAAGCCCAGCCCGUGUCUCUGUAGCCCCGGUCUCUGCGGGCUGUCGGGAGCAGCGGGCAGCAGUUGGGGAUGAUGUGGCCCGGGGAAGGGCUUUGGGUUGUGCUAAAGAGGAGCGGCUCAGUAGCUCACUGCUGACCUUGGGCUUGCUGGAACACCUGAUGGGGCCUAGCUGUUCGGGGAGGCGCAGCCCCACAGUCAUAAUAAUAAUUAAUAAUUUUGGUAUUC